AUGGCCGACGAGCCAUCCACACCAGACUCGGACCGCACAAUGCGAUCUACGAUGCCAUCAUAUCAGCCGCUAAAAAAGUACCGCUUGUACGAGCUGGGAGAUGCUGCCUCGACGACGUCAAGCCCACCUGCUCUCAAUCCUCUAGCAUCGCCUUUCAAUUCUAAUUCCAAUGCCACACCUAACGCCCUCGAGCCUUUUGGGGAGGGGGGCACGCAUCCGCCACAACACCAAGUGCAGCAUUCAACCAUUGCAGGUCCUCCUGCUCAUCAGGGGCGCCCAUCUACUUCAUCUACGCCGGCUACGUCUCUAUGCGCUAAAAUGACAAAAGACACUAAGCGCAGCCAAGAUCUCUUGCCGCAUCAGGCUUACCAAACGAGUUCCAUUCAGGAUGGCUAUACAGGGAUCCCUGUUGGGUCGAAUCAGAUCGGAAACCUCACGUUGUAUGGCACAUCAUACCAAUCGUCUUUACCUUCUCAGGCAAGCAGCUUCAAUCGAGAGGGAAGCUCAACAGAUAACACAAGUGAUGCGCCAUUUACGCCUAGCUCAGCUCGACACAGAUCAAGUGAAAAGUCUCUUCUUGUGACGCCUUCUCGCAGCAAGAACAAGGUUCCCGAAUUUGCUGAGCUUGAUCAUGACCUUCUCAAUUCUGCGCACAAUUCAUCUCAAGGCCCGGGCGAACAAACAAAGACCUUUCCCCAAUUGACCCAGGAAAAAGGAUUGCGUAGAUGGGAUCAUCGCAAUCUUGAUGAUCGCUGGUUGCUUCAGUCAGAUGAGAUGUCAAGAUACCGCCUUAAUCGCGAAGAAACAUGCGCAGUGCCUUCUGGCGAAUCUCUGUCGGAUGGUGGUGUUACAGUCAAUUGGAGUGAAAUGACUGAUAAUCUUCAGAAGAGAGACCGUAGUGAAAUUUCAGAGGACACAAAAUACGUUCCUUUACCACCGGACGCUGGGCGCCUUGAUGCGCUCGUCAAGGACCUACAAGAGGGCGGAGGUCUGACCGGUCUACCCUAUAGUCCAAGACUCAUCCGUAGUCACUUUUACCAACGCGUGUUCAACAACGGUGGUGGGCCAGAGCCACUGGAUGAGCGAGAUGCUAACAUGAUGACAUGGCAUCGUCGAUGUCCAAAGACACUCAAGCAGUUGCGUGACGAGCUGCUCGACAUCAUCGAAGAUCUCGUCCUCUACCUUACCUCUCCAGUCGGACAAGGCUGGCUCAAGCCCAAGGAAGAGCUUGACCUACACUCAGGUAGUCAAGUACUACCUCGGGGUCGUUCCUUCUUGUCUGGCGACGCCUCAGCUACACGCGAACUAGAUCACCGCUUGAACCAACUUAAACUCAAUGAACGUAACGCAAAGACUGAAGCAUCUACAACGCAGCGUCGAGCUUCUACUCCCUUGCGUCAACAGCAGGAACAUUACAGCUCAAGCCCCCAAAACGCCAUAGUACGUCGGGAUAGGGCUCUCUCAGAUCUGCAACGAAUACACGACGAAGUCAAGCCCAACAUCUCAAUGUCAGCACCAGCGAGUUUUGACACCAAAUCCUCGAAUAGCUCAACUGUUGAUAACAAAUCUUCGGAAGAUCAUUUAAGGGAAUUUCGACAGGCUUCGUCGAGGGCUAUGCCUGCUCGCUCACAACACAGUCUCGCCCCAACAUUCAGUCAACCAAAUCUGCAACAAAUCAAUGAAGGAGCAUCUUUGAACUUCGCGAAUCCAUCGCCUUCAAAUGAUCUUUGCCAGGCAGCGGAUGCAGUCUCUGGAUCAUUCACAGCUAGCGAGCAGUCGCCUUACAACAUGGCUAAUAGCCAACAAUGGAGCAUGCCGUACAAUCCGGUUCCAAUGACGCCAUACAAUACUCUUGAAAAGCGAGGGUUUGCUGGCAACAAUGGUCAGCAGUUUCCUCUCGCCCAGUUUGGUAACAGCAUCUCCCCAGCGCAAAUGCAAUACCUUAAUCAAUCAGUGCACUAUGCGGGGCAAAUGAUACCACCCGUGUAUAGCCAGCAAUUUUUACCUCAAAUGGCGGGCACAGGCAUUUAUUCUCCUAACGGAAUCUCUUUGCCUGUUGACCGGAAUAUACGUCCUGCUGCAACGAACCGUAUCGCCCCACUCUUUGCUCAGACUGGAGCCUGGCAUGCAAAUCAACGUCGCUAUAGCCCGCAAAUGGCCCAGCCUAGUGAAUGGCAGAAUCGUUUUGGACCGCCAAUAAAUACUGUACCCCGGGACAGUCGCAAAUUAGCCUAUCUCGAAGGAUCAGACGAGAUGUCCCCUCGACUGCCUCUUAAUGGUGGAGCAAGUGUUCGCUACCAGAGUUUAGCCCGUACCCAGGUACCCGAUCCUGCCAUUGUCCUAGAUGAGAGAAACCUUCCUUUCACGGAGACUGCACGGGCGGCGAAGCCUGCUGAGUGGGGAGUCAUGAAAAUUGGCAAUAUUCCUUACAACAUUUGCAAAGCCCAGAUUGUCAGCUUCCUUGGUAAUCAUGCCAAAGUCAUUACCCCAGAACUUGGACCGUCAGUACACAUAAUCAUGGAGCGUGCAACGGGAAAGACACAAGACUGCUUCGUAGAGUUCUUCUCUACCCCAGAUGCUAAGGCUUGGGUAGACGUAAUUAAAUACCGCAGCAACGCAGCGAAUCGGCUCGAAGAUCGAGUGCUCGAGGUUGAACUUAGUAGCCAAGACCAGCUCAUGAAGGAGCUUUUCCCUCGAGCGAAGAAUAUAGAUUGGCGUGACGGGCAGCCUCUCAUUGUGCAAUCCGACGAUCCAUACAACACUGGCUUCAAGACUUUUGUUUCGACUGAAGAGCUGCAGAUCCUCGUCAGGCAUGCUGAACAACCUCAUCGCUCUAACUAUACACUCAAAUGCCCAAAUCGCCCUUACGAAGCCAUGAUCUCGCUUCUCUCCAAGUUCCCCUGGCAGGCGACCUCGCUUUAUAGUUUAGGCACGCGCAACAAGAUCUUCGACGCCGCAAUCAAAAUGAUGCAGAUCUUAAGCACUCAAAUUCGCCGCGCCAACUCGCAAAAUGCCUCCCCUACGAAUCUCUCGAACCCGAACCCGCCCGUUUUUCCAGCACCACCGGGAGCGAACUUUCCGCCUUUGCCCACUCAGGGUGGAUAUGGAAUUGGGUACCGCCAUGAUACUGGUGGGGCUAGUCGCGGGUAUACACGACGAGCUGCCCCUGGAACAGCAAACAGCGUCAAUUCCCCCAAUGUGGUUGUGCUGAGAGAGUUGCUGUCGGCUGCACUCAAUGCGACAGGUUUCUCUGAGAGGCAGCGGUGGGAACUUCAUCAGGCCGCCAGCGACGGAGGGGUCAAUCGUGGCUUCUUGAUCAGCCCAUUAUCAGAAUGGUGGCCUUUCGAGGUUUUGGGGAGAAGGAGGGGCUUCGAAGAGGAUGUAGUCGAGUGGUAUGCACAACUCAUUGCCCACCAUCCCCUCGUGCAGCCCUCGACCGUUGGGUCCCCGUUCGGAAACCUAGAGCAUAACUUUCAGGACCUUAACGAUAAUACUACUACUGAUGAGGCGGGUCAUAAAGAGUGGGAGUUCAUGACAAGGGUCCUUAUGGACCAGUGUAAUCAGUAUGGCUCAAUUGUGAAUGAGACACCCUAG